AUGGAACCUAUUACAGCUCCAAAAACUAUAACAAAAAUAAACACUCCAAAACAUUAUCCACAAUCAAAUAGUGGUAGGAAUUCUCCAAUAGUCGCAGAGGCUUCAAAUAGUAGUAGUGGUAGUCCUGAGGAACUAGAAGAAAAUGGGGUUAUUACUGAAUCAGAAGAUAUAUUAUCUACUCCGCCAACAGGAGAAGAAUUUAUUGACGAGGAGGAUCCUUUUCUUUUAGUGUCCUUAAGAGCUUCAAAGAGAUCGCCACCCAGACCAAAGCGUAUUUCAAACUUAUAUAUGUUUGCAUUUUUGGAUAUAUUCAUUAUAACGGUUUGUACGAUUAUGUUAGUUCAUAAAGACAAACAAGGUUAUUGGCAUUGGAAGAAAGCAGCCUGGGAUUGGGUUGCUCUCGGACUUAUAAGAUUUAUGAUUGUUAUAGGAGUAGCGUCUUCUAAGUGGAUUAGAGAAUUGCGCUGGGCUUUAGGAGCAUAUGUUGUUGUUACAACAGAUAGUCGUCGUAGAGCGAUGUUUCUACGAGAUCAUUCGAUCAUUUUUGAAGAGGAUAACUCUUAUGCUGAUGAAGAUGAGGAUAUUAAUCGUAAUCAGGGAAGAAACACUUCUUCGCGAUCAUAUGGCGCAACUUCCGAGCAUAAUGAUGAAAUUGAUGUUUUAGUUACCAACAACAAUCGUUAA